AUGAAGUUGAACAUCUCCUACCCGGCUAACGGCAGCCAAAAGCUGAUCGACAUCGAGGAUGAGCGCAAGCUCCGCGUCUUCAUGGAGAAGCGUAUGGGCGCUGAGGUCCCCGCCGACUCCCUCGGAGACGAGUGGAAGGGAUACAUCUUCAGAAUCACCGGAGGCAACGACAAGCAGGGUUUCCCUAUGAAGCAGGGUGUUAUGCAGCCUACCCGUGUCCGCCUCCUGCUCUCCGACGGCCACUCCUGCUACCGACCCCGCCGCACCGGCGAGCGCAAGCGCAAGUCCGUCCGUGGCUGCAUCGUCGGCAUGGACCUGUCCGUCCUUGCUCUGGCCAUCGUCAAGCAGGGCGAGCAAGACAUUCCCGGUCUGACCGACGUCGUCCACCCCAAGCGCCUCGGCCCCAAGCGUGCCACCAAGAUCCGAAAGUUCUUCGGCCUCACCAAGGAAGACGAUGUCCGCAAGUACGUCAUCCGUCGCGAGGUCCAGCCCAAGAAGGAGGGCGCGAAGCCCUACACCAAGGCUCCCAAGAUCCAGCGUCUGGUCACUCCCCAGCGUCUCCAGCACAAGCGCCACAGGAUCGCACUCAAGCGCCGCCAGGCCGAGAAGGUCAAGGACGAGGCCUCCGAGUACGCCCAGAUCCUCGCCAAGCGUGUUUCCGAGGCCAAGGCCCAGAAGGCCGAGAACCGCAAGCGCCGUGCCUCUUCGCACAAGGCUUAA